UCUUCAGUCAUCGAUUGCACUUUUUGCACCUGCCAUUUUUUUUCCAGAGUAAUGGGAGCCUCAUCUGAAACUACUGGCACGAGGGUGCAUUAAAACAGGCUACCCUAACCUGUGAAGCCACCCUCACCCUCUUCGUCUCAAUGAAUCUUCCAUAAUUGAAUAUUUUUCAAAAAAUCUUAAAGUGUCUCCUGGAAGGAAAAAAGACAGAGAAAGAUACACAUUCGAGAAGUCAAAGUGUGCGACGAGGAAAGAACAGCGGUGCCGUCAGUAAGAAGGAAAAAGCGGAACAAGGAUAGAAAUAGAAGAAGGUGAAAGUAAAAGAGAGACGGAUAGAGGGUGGGUGGUGGGGGGUUCUCAGCUUAAGAGAGAGAGAGAAAGAGAGAGAGACAGAGGAGGUCGAAGGGAGUCGAGCGAGGAGAAUGACGGAUAGUCAGCAGCAGUUUUGCUUGCGUUGGAACAACUUUCAAGCUAACAUCACCAGCCAAUUCGAGGCCCUCAGAGAUGACGAGGACUUCGUCGAUGUCACCUUCGCUUGCGAUGGUAGGCGUCUCCAGGCGCACAAGGUUGUCCUCUCCGCGUGCAGCCCUUACUUCAAGGAGUUGUUCAAGACAAAUCCAUGCAAGCAUCCAAUAAUAUUCAUGCGAGAUGUAGAGUUCGAACACCUACAGUCACUUUUGGAGUUCAUGUAUGCUGGGGAAGUUAACAUAUCUCAAGCUGAAUUGCCUACAUUUCUACGAACUGCUGAGUCUCUGCAAAUCCGUGGCCUCACCGACUCUCAAAAUAUUCAGCACAACAACGAAAAGCAUUUGAAAACAAACAACAUACAUACAUCAAAUGGCCGUGGGUUGAUCUCACCAAGUUUGGAGGAGGACCGUAGCAAAACACCACCAGCCUCAAGUCCUCCACCAUUGAAAAGGCUGUGCAAACGAAGUGAUUCGCCUCAGAUAUCUAGUCCAGUACCAGCUGCAGUGGCCUGUGCUCCUGGAACGCCACGCACACGGCCAUUAAUUGAGCCACAAGUUCAACUCGACUGCUACAAAGAUCUCGAUAUUGUUGAGCCAAAAAUAGAAUUACCAGAAUAUGGAAGCGAUGACGAUUGUUCUCCAAAGCAGGAGGUUAACACACUGCCAAGUCGUUUCCUUAGCCUUGAUGGUGGCAUGGAGGUUGUGCCAUCGUAUCCGCCUUCUUAUCAAGGAGGAGGAGCAGGGGGAGGAGGAGGUGGUGGAGGCGGAGGUGGCGGAUCAUUGGAAGGAGGACAGCCUGGACCAUCACAUGCCAGCAAUAUGGAGCUAAAUCAAGAACAACAAGCUGACCUACGCAAACUGCACUCGCUGGACCCACGCCCCUGUCCUGUCUGCAACCGCAUGUACAGUAACUUGUCGAACCUGCGUCAGCACAUGCGCCUCAUCCACAACCCCCAGAGUGUCACAUGCCCCCUUUGUAAGAAGCCAUUCAAGACCGAGCUCUACCUGAAACGCCACCUGGUCAGCUUCCACGACCUAGGCAUCACAGAGAGACACCGUCAAGAAGAACUCUACCAACAACAGCAGCCAAAGGCACAACAGCAAACUGGAUCGCAAACACAUCUGCAAAUUCAGGCGCAGCAAACAGACAAUAUCAAACCCCUUGUGCCCAGAGUUUCUACAGAAGAGGGCACAACCGCAGUGACUCUGGAAAAUAAAUCAAGAGCAUUUCAAGAUGGUGCUUAUGAGGUCAAUCAGACCAGUGUUGAAUCAAAGCACUUUCAGAGCAACAUGAUGCAAUUCGAUGCAGCAUACCACUAAUGCGCCUUAGUUUUUUUGGCCCAUUUGUGAUAGUUUUUUGGUUGAGUAGAAUUAAUGCCAGUUAUUUCUGGCAAUCAUAAACUCUUAAGGGAGUCGAGCGUGAUCUUUCCAAGAAAGACCAAGGUGCGGCAGAGAGAUUAAGAGAUUGUGCUGUAGUGGAAAAUGGAAUUUAACCAAAUUUUUAAUGCAUGAACAGUAACAUAACACUAAUGUUGGAUAAACAUUUUUUUAAUCUGAUUUUAAGAGCAUAUUAAUCGAAAAAGAACAUUUUCAUUUUAAUUUUGACAGAAACUCUUUAUUUGUUUCUGUUCACAGCAGACAUAAUAAUUUAAAUAUAAUUAGGUAUUUAAAGCAAUGUUUAAUUGAAAUAUCAUACAUUUCAAUUUCGUCUUCUUUUUGUAUCUUUUUAGAUACAAAACAAAGUUAUUUGAACAUUCUAAUAUGCUUUAACAAUUUUUUUAAAGCAGAGAAUAUUUGUAAAACUAUUUGAGCUUUUUAUAUUUUUAAAAUGAUUCUUUUGUUCAAUGAGAAAAUAUGUUUUACAGACUUAAGAUGGAGUAAUUGCUGAAAAUAUUAUUUUCAAAUUCCAUACAGCACAGUGCUCAAAAUAUUAGUCUCUCGCAGCAUCUUGCAGUAAUUGAUAAAAUAGAUGUCCUUGACAAGAAGAGUGACAAGAUGUCAAGGACAACUCGCAAAAGGUGCCGUGCCUAUUCGUCGUCGUAAGGAAAAGCGAGCGUAUUCCUUAAAAAAUACCACGAAAGAAACUACAAACAAUUGCCGCAAGUGGAGCAGCCAUCCCACCUCGUACUGAUUAUUCCGCGAGCCAGGAUAACUUGUUGUUUUAUUUGAUGCUAUACAGUGUUAUAUAAACUACAGAUAUUUACAACGAUAUUAUAUUCUUACAGAGGAUUAUAUUUACUUUAUUGAUUACGUCACACGACUGGGUGCAACGCACAGAAACUCCCAGGAUGACGUACGAACAUAUUAUAAUAUAUUUUUCACCACGUAGCAGUUUAACGGUGCGAUAGACAGCCAACCGAUUUUACAGCUCAAGCAGAUUUACAGAGGAUUUAUUAUUGACAGUUAUCGAUGGGAAACCACCGUGAUGCAGCAGAUUGAAUUUAAUAUAUUAUAAGAGGCUUGUGUCUGAGAUGGCUUUUCUUACAUACAUAGAAUUCUUAAGUAGAAUUCUGUUACAUGCUCUAAUGUGAUAUUACAGAGCUAUACAACUCACUUACGUUUCUUUUAUAUUUAUGAACUUUCAUUUUUCUUAGUAAUUUUCUAUUUUAAUGUCAUCGUAAAGUAUUUGUAGCGAGCACUUUCUUUUUAUUGCAGAAGUAUUUUUAGCUUAUAUUACUCGAGAGAAUUUAUUAGUCAUAAAGCAUUAUUAUUAUAACUUUGCUACUGAAUUCAGUAUUCACUUUUCACAAUACGAACAUGCAGACAACAAAUAUUUGUCAUCCAACAAUUAGUAGUUCGAAAUCUUUUCUUUUCAGCUAAGAAUUUUAAUAUUAUGGACAUUCAUUUUCAAGAUUCUGAUAAAAUUUCUGAUAAAAUUUCUUUUUUUUUUAUAAAAAAAUCUUUGUAUUCUUCUUUCGUGAGAUUUUGAGUUCAGCUAAUGUCAACUACAUUGAAUUUUACUAUUGUUAUGAUUUCGCUUUGGAGAAUUUUAUGUUUCAAAUAUUUGUCCUUUUGAGUAUUCCUUUGUGCAGAUAGUACUAUAACAUUUUAAGAUACUGAUUAAUAUCGCAUACAUUUUUAUACGCAGAUUCACCUUUGUUGAGCAGUAUCUUAACAAUUUUAUAGUCUGCAAUGGUAAACCUUAGAGUAGCGUCCAACGUUUGGCUUACGACUUGUUCGACAUUAGUUCGCAAGGAAAUUUUUCAAUAAAUUCACGUAGACGCAUUGAUUUGAUGAUACGAAGAAGAUGGAGCCGUCUCAGAUACCGCCGAACUCCAUAGCCAUAGUACCACACAGUACAACUCAGGAUCUUUUAUAUUAUAUUUUACAGAUGACAAUAGUUCCGUGAGCGCGAUGUGUUCGAUAAAUUUUUCUCGGCAUGCCGAGUCUAGGACUUCCAAUAAUUUCAUUCCAUCGGAAUUUCAAUAUUAUUUCACUCUCAGUAUCUUCAGAGUCAAUAUGAAAUGAUUGUCUUCGAAAUGAUUUUUUUUAUGUAUCUUCUCUAAUGGUGUUUAUUGAAAUUAUUGACCGAGUGAUUAUUAAUUAGUGUUCAAGCGAUUUUGUUGUUCUGUUGCGAUUGCGACUCGAUUGUAGUUAGGCUUAUAAUAAUCAAAUUAUUGAGAAUCGUCGUCUAGACUCCCGUGUUCGAGGAAAAUCGAAAUGUUUCGCGAAUUAAUCGCGCCGUUCACACAGGCUCCUUACCUCACGAUUUACAAUCAAAUCACAGAUGCAGCUAUAUAUUAUUAUAAUAAGUAUAUUUACAUACCGUUUUACAACAGUGCCGGGGUCGCAACGACUGCGACCGAUCAAAUUUUUAACUGAAGCUACACAAGCAUUAACCACGAAAGAGAUGGGAAAAACAAACUAAUUCCAAUUUUUUCGUCUCGUACGUGGACAGGUCUUUUUUUUAUCGUUACGCACUUUUUCCGAGGAUUCUUCUAUUCUUCUUUUUUCCAACGCGUGGAACAGAGAGAGAGCUUCGUGCCCAGCGCAUAGUUUUUACUCAAUCUAAGAUUAGAAUAUAAAUGUUGCAUAUCAUGUUAUUAAGAUUGUUGUACAGACAGCCUGUUGCAAACCUCGGUCUGUCGAUCCUUUCUCGAUCAUGAUUUACAGUUUCACUUCAAGACAUCCUGAUUUCUCCAAAAUCCGACUUAUCGAUUUCGUAUCGAUCUCUUAUGCGAACGAUUUAUAUUCACGUGCAUAAUUGUGUCUUUAUGUUGGUGAAAAUUCUUGAACAGCAAUAUGCAAAAAUGUCAUUUAAAUUUCAAGCGAUCUUUACAAAAAUUCAAGUAAAUGCCGUUUUUGUUAUUUCAAAAAAAGCGAACAAAGUCUUCGAAUUUUAUAAAAGAUUUUCGGUGUUCAAACUUUCUUGUGUCUUUAUCGAAUUUGACGAACACCAUCGUUUCUAAAGGACAUUUAUCGUUAUUAGAUAAUCACAUCGAUUCAUAAAAAUCUAUUGUUUCUUUUUAGUAAUCACGUGCACACUUGUUUGGUUAUUUAACAGAACUUUUAUAGUUGUUUUAUAAUUGAUCGCAGUGAUGCAACUGAAAUUACGGUUUUAUUUGUGAAUCACUUCGGUUUCUAAGUUUAGACGCGAUCGAUCGAUCGAUUGGAUUUACGGACCGAGGCUCAUAUACAUAUACAUAUAUCACACAAUAAGCAGAAUCAAACAGCGAACCGCAAUGAUAGAGAAAUAGAAUGGAUAAAGCAAUGAACCGCAUAAACCGGGAUUCGGAACAGAAAGAAAAUGAAACAAAGACAGUUUACAGGGAUACCAUUUUUCUAACUUGCAAUCUUUCGCUGGGCAUUAAAAGUGAUAUACCGAUCAGCCGA